AUGUCUGCGGCACAACUUCUCAACCCCAAGGCCGAGUCCCGAAGGAGGGGUGAAGCUCUCAAGGUCAACAUCAGUGCUGGUGAGGGCCUGCAGGAUGUGCUCAAGUCAAACCUCGGACCCCGAGGCACGAUAAAGAUGCUUGUCGAUGGUGCCGGCCAGAUCAAGCUCACCAAGGAUGGAAACGUCCUCCUAAGAGAAAUGCAAAUCCAAAACCCGACUGCUGUCAUGAUUGCUCGAGCGGCGACUGCACAGGACGAUAUUUGCGGAGAUGGCACAACUUCCGUCGUGCUGCUGGUGGGAGAGCUGCUGAAGCAGGCAGACCGACACAUUUCCGAAGGACUCCACCCGCGCAUCAUCACCGAUGGCUUUGAGAUUGCCAAGGCUGAGGCUUUGAAGUUCCUGGAUUCCUUCAAGCUGGCCAAGGAGGUCGACCGCGAACUGUUGCUUAACGUUGCCCGAACAUCCCUUGCGACAAAACUCAACUCAACAUUGGCCACGAAGCUUACUCCUGAUAUUGUCGAUGCCGUGCUGGCCAUCUACCAGGCCCCUGCCAAACCCGACCUGCACAUGGUGGAGAUUAUGAAGAUGCAGCACCGCACUGCGUCUGACACGCAGCUCAUCCGAGGAUUGGCGUUGGACCACGGUGCCAGACAUCCCGACAUGCCCAAGCGACUGGAAAACUGCCACAUCUUGACGAUGAACGUCAGCCUGGAGUAUGAGAAGACUGAGAUCAACUCUGGCUUCUUCUACUCAAGCGCUGAGCAGCGUGACAAGCUUGUCGAGAGUGAGCGUCGAUUCAUCGAUGCCAAGCUCAAGAAGAUUGUAGAGCUGAAGAAGCAGGUCUGUGGUGACGACGGAAAGAAGAGCUUUGUUAUUAUCAACCAGAAGGGUAUCGACCCCCUUUCCCUUGACGUCCUGGCUAAGAACGGUAUUCUGGCUCUGCGACGAGCAAAGAGAAGGAACAUGGAGAGACUUCAGCUCAUCUGCGGCGGUGUUGCUCAGAACAGCGUCGAUGACCUAACACCAGACGUCCUCGGCUGGGCUGGUCUCGUUUACGAGCAGACCCUGGGCGAGGAAAAGUACACUUUCGUCGAGGAGGUCAAGGAUCCCAAGUCGGUCACUCUUUUGAUCAAGGGACCCAACCAGCAUACUAUUGCUCAAGUCACGGAUGCUGUCCGAGAUGGUCUAAGAAGUGUCUACAACAUGAUUGUUGACAAGAGCGUUGUUCCCGGCGCUGGUGCUUUCCAGGUUGCCUGUGCCGCUCACCUCAAGAGCGAUGCCUUUGCGAAGUCAGUCAAGGGCAAGGCUAAGUGGGGUGUGGAGGCCUUUGCCGACGCUCUUCUCAUCAUCCCCAAGACUUUGGCUGCCAAUGCUGGCCACGAUGUCCAGGAUGCUCUUGCCGCACUACAAGACGAGCACGCAGAUGGCCAGGUCGUUGGGUUGAACUUGGAGACUGGCGAGCCCAUGGAUCCCGAGCUGGAAGGUGUCUUUGAUUCAUUCAGAGUUCUGAGAAACUGCAUUGCUUCAAGCUCAGGUAUUGCGUCCAACCUGUUGCUUUGCGACGAGUUGUUGAAGGCCCGACAGAUGGGCAGAGCCAAGGGACCAGGUCCUGGAAUGGAUGGCCCUGAUGAUCACAUGUAA